AUUAUAUAGUAUAGAUUAUAGUUGCAAUUAUAUUCUAUUUUCUCUCUCAGACGUUCAUCUUCUUUCACCAAAUUCUUUCCAGAUCUUGCACAGGGUUUUUGUCAGUUUCACCAGAUCAUAUUUAAGAUGGAACGUCAUCAUCGUCAUGAUCAUCAUGAUCAUGAAGUUUUGAUUUCUAUAGCAGAGCACCGUCUCGUAGAAGUGGAGAUGCCAAAGGCUUAUGAAGGAAAAGAUGUUAUAGCCAAGCUGUCAAAACCGUCUUGUGACCGUUGUUGCUAUUUCUCCAAACAUGAACAAGAUGUUUGUGAUUCGGACCAACGGUCCAAAUCUACGACCAAGCUUUGGGGACUCAUGUCCUUUUACCUAAUCGUUAUGGCCGUGGAGAUUGUUGGAGGGAUUAAAGCCAAUAGUCUAGCGGUUCUUACGGAUGCAGCCCAUUUACUCACUGACAUUGGUGGAUUCUCAAUCUCUUUGUUCACUGUGUGGGUUUCGGGAUGGAAUACGACUCCACAUCAAUCGUUUGGAUUCAGUCGGAUAGAAGUUUUGGGGGCGCUUUUGUCUAUACAACUGAUUUGGAUUGUUUCUGGGUACUUAAUAUUUGAAGCUAUUGAAAGAAUGCUUCAUAAACAAUCAGAGGUAAAUGGUGCAUUAAUGUUCCCCAUUGCAGCUUUCGGUUUCGUUAUCAACUUCAUGAUGGUCAUGUGGCUUGGUCAUGGUCAUGAACAUGGCCAUGCUCAUGGUCACAGUCACGGUCAUGAACACGGGCAUUCUCAUGAUACUUGCAUUGCGAAACAUCAAGAUAUAAACGAAGAAGAGGGUGCGAAUUUGGUGGUAACAACUUCUAAACACAAAAAUGGGGCAAUGAACAUAAACAUUAAAGGGGCUUACUUACAUGUAAUGGCGGACAUGAUUCAGUCGGUUGGGGUGAUGGUUGCAGGAUUGGUGGUAUGGAUACGACCCGAAUGGUUGAUAGUUGAUCUGGUUUGUACUCUGAUCUUCUCGGUUUUGGUUCUAUGUACGACUCUACCAAUGCUCAAAAGUAUAUUUUCUAUAUUAAUGGAGAGCACACCAAGUGAAGUUGAUGUUGUCGGCUUGAAAACCGAUCUAGAUAGCAUCAAGGGAGUGCAUGAUGUUCAUGAUUUACAUGUAUGGGCAAUAACACAAGGGAAAACUGCAUUGGCUUGUCAUAUAAUAGUCGAGUCAAAUGUGAAUUCAAAUGAAAUACUUCACAAAGUUAAAUCUUUAUGUGAAAGUAAGUAUGAAAUUCAUCAUGUAACUGCACAGAUUGAACCUUUAUGUUUAUAACCUUGAAGUAUUUCCCUCUCCUGCCCUGCAGUGUCCCAAAUUUGAGCCUUUAUUGUUUAUCUCUCAA